GGUGAUGAGUGGAAGAACCACCAGGGGAGACAUGAGGUGGGCCUGGGAUUGGAGAGUUCGUCUGUGAGGGAUGAUCUUGAUCUGGGAUUACAAGCUACUUACUGGAAGUAUUUGGAGAGAGAAGAGCCAGAAUGCUGGUAGCUGGAAUCUUGUCCGAAGAGGGUUUCUGAAUCUGUGAUGGAGGAAUUGAACCAGAUGGUGAACUGGAGUGGAAUCCAGUGAACAUAUGCAACCUGAGGAGGAGCACACACAAAGCUCAAGAGACAUCUGCAGGAAUCCUCAGCGUGCAGCAUAGCCGGCAGUAUGCGGAGAUGUUAACCUUGCCCCGUGACCUCCUGCUUCAUUAAACCUGUUGACGUGUUGAACUCGCUGCAUGUCUUCUCUACGUAAAAGCAUGACCUUGAAGACGUGGAGUUUUACUGGCCCUUUGGUUGCUCCCUGAGCUGCUGCUGCAGAGGCAGAGUGUGAGAUGGUUCAUCUUUGAUCUCAGAGCUUUAAAAGUGCACAGAGUGGCCAGUAGAGGUCCGUGAUGCCCCGCUUCAACAGCACCGAGCUGCAGUCUCUCCUGCUCUCCUUCCUGCAGCACUGUUUCAACAGGAGCAGCCAUCAGCAGCUCUCGCUGCCUGAGAACUACACUACCCACCAGGCCUUGCAGCAGGCAGCUUCCACCCGGGGCCACACUCAGCCUCAGGAAUUAAUGUACAUCCUCUUGGUGGUGGGCCUCUUCAGCUUCUUCACGUUUGGCAUCAUGCUCAGCUACAUCCGCUCCAAGAAGCUGGAGAGCUCCCAGGAUCCGUACCACCAGUACAUCGCCCACGACUGGACCACGGUGGUGGCCCCAUCCAGGGCCGUAGCUGAAGCCCUGCAGAGGGGGGCUGAAGAACCAGUCGUCAUCUGUAACCCUGCAGCAUCUGCCGGACUAGACGGACAGUGAUUCAAACAUCUCUGCCAGAAACUGUUUUCCUUCCAAGGAAACAGGACCUGACAGAUACAUAAUACUCAGCUGAUCUUCUGACACAGCACCGUCCACGGUUAGACCCACCCUAACCAGUAAAGAUGUGGAAAAAGCCUUUAAAAUAACCUUUAAUUUGAAAAAUCCCAUGUUAUUUGUGGUACAUCAUUGGCACCCAUGCAGUCAAUACUUUGUAACGCCCCCUUUUGUCAGCAGAACAGCAUCUGAUGUUCUCCUGUGACGUUUCACAGCUGAAUCAACUGGCUGAAUUACCUCUUGAGUAACAGUAACGAGCCAUUCAUUUGAUUCAGGAAGCAUCGAAAGGCUGCAGGACAGUAGCUCUCAACGACUGGAGUUGGAUACACCUGCACUAAACACUGUAACUGUAUUAACAUGAAAGCGAGUAUGGUACUGCAAUAAAAAACUAUAAACGUAGGGGGCGCUGUAACUCUUUUGUCAGUUUGUUGGUGCUAAAAACAUUCAAAAGGAUCCUGCAAGUCUGGUUCCUUUAAAGGUUCAACCACUCAUCUGCAAUGCACCUGGUACCUCUGGCAGUAAAACAGCCCCACAGCAUGAUGGUGCCGCCACCAUGCUUGGACGCUGGUACAACAUGUUUGGUAUUGUACAAUAAGAAGUGUGAUACGCGUCUCACAGCAAGCAAACGUUAGUGUUUGCUUUGUUUUCUCCAUCUCUAUCGUCACAAUAAACCUUCAGGUUUUUCUUCUCACCUCAGUCACACUGACUCUUUUCUUUCACCCAGCAGCACGUUGGUACCAACGGGUCAGUACUUCAUUCUGGGUACAAAGAGGCAUUAGAACAGGUGUUUAAUGGUAAUCAAUUUGAAUUGAAGAGCUUUCCAUUCCGGAGCUAUACAAACAUCCCGGUUAAAUAAUAAAAUGAUCACAUUUUGAGUAUUUGUAUUUUCUUCUGUUUGAAUGACUUUCUGCACUAAAUUCACCUUUUAAAGAAAAAAAUAAAGAAUUAGCAAUUGGUCU